CCCCAUCCGUCCAACUGGUUCAAGCUACAUUACAACAGCCUCAAGUUGCGGACUCCAUCCCUGCAAGCCAUGGUUCAACGUAGCUCGGCAAGCUCUCAAAUACACCUCCGGUUUUUCCUCCCGAUUCAUUCUUAAUCUGUCCCUCAAUCCGGUGUUUCGCGAAGCAUCGGAACUCCCAAAUGCAAUCUCAUCUCACCCGGCGGGUUUUCCGCGCGAUUCUUAACAAUGAACCGCUUUCCACUUCGCGCUGCCUCCAUCGCUCACUACAUACUGUCCGGAGCCAUCUGCCUCGCAGGAUCACUUUCCUGUCUCUCUCUCAUAAACAGCGACGCGGCCUCUUCGCGUACAAUGCGAUACCCACCGCUAGUGCCCAGCCUGCAACUUUACCCUCUGAGAUCGGCCUAAAGCCAAUGAGAGACCUCAUGAGAUCAAUCUCCGACAAAAGCAGAGGGCCUAGUUUUGAAAUCUUGGCCAAUGCCUUCAACGACUUCUUGGACCAACGGGCAGCAAUCCCUGGCGUUAUCACCGACUUCCAUGCCACAUUGCUCUCUGUUACCUGGCAUUACAUGCGAACUCAUGCGGAAGAAUUGAAUCCCGAGGAGUGGCAAAGGACAUUAUCUACUGAAGCUCUUGAAAACAUGCUUUUCGUCCUAUCACAGGCAAAGUGUCUCCAUGAAUCACAAUUGACUGUGCGCGAAUUGGCUCACGCUGCUUUCUCGGAAUUGUGCCGUGACCCGUCGCCCGGUAUGAAACAUAUCAGUCGUUCGGCUUUCAUUGCAUAUAUCAACAUCCAGGCUUUGAAUGGCAGGCCAGAUGAAGCGCGCGAAGUCUUGGAGCGUUUCUGGUUCAGAUUGAAGACGGCUCGCCCAACUCCUUGGCAUGUGGUUAUCAAGGGCUUUGCUAUCGUAGGUGAGAAGCGCCGCCUAGAACAGACGGUCAAAAACCUUGAGAAAUUUGACGUUGAGUUCGAGCAAAAAUCGCAUGAAGACCUGGUUAAGCUGCUUAUCCAAGAGAGACUGCUUGCUGCAACAAAGACAAUUUAUGAAUGCCCCUUGUCGAACGGACAGACACCCACUGUGGCUACCAAAGAGGCUGUUAUCAAAUAUGCAAUUCUGAACUCCGAAACCGCGUGGGCGCAGUCAGUGUACGAGUCACUUUCGCAUUUACCGGUCACACAGACCCUAGGCAUCACCCUUUUCUGGGAAGCUGUGCAAAAGCAGAGUGCAUCCGCCGUCUCAGAUAAGGCCAGCAUCUUGAUGGCGGGCGAUGAGCUCGCAAGGACAGCCUUGACCAUCUCGUGCGUGAACGAUCUGAUUGAGUACGCAAAUGCCAUUGAAAACCCUGGUCUAGCAGCCAAAUUCGCUGUGUUAGCCUCUCAUUGGGGUCUAGAACCAGACGCAAGGACACAACUUCUGCAGUUAGAAUCUAGCAUUCUAGCGGGCGAUAUCGGAGGAGCCUUCAGCUCUAUGGAGGAUCUGCAUGAUCCGGAAGCGCUAACAGUUGUCAACAUGCCACUAAUGAACAAAUUAGUCAGACUUCUUUGCCGCUCUGGUCAGGACGAUGCGAUAUUUGACCGUAUAUCAGCCUUUCUGGAUCCGUUAUUCGAGAAUAAUGUACGGUUGGAGGCAAGCACCGUGGCAGCGAUUACACGCAUGCUACUCUACCGCCUUGACUGGGAGGGCGUUUCAGGCCUGCUCAGACCACGCCUCGGCCUGUAUGACUCUGAGGAACGGACAAUUAUUCGCAACUCGCUGGCCAAAUUUAUAAUGGAGCCUUCCCAAAAAGACACCGACGCCUGGGAGGCAUAUAACUUGUUACUGCUUGCCUUUCCGGAGACCGGUGUCAUCUUGCGCACAAAUAUCAUGACCUCGUUCUUCAAACGCCACCGUAGUGACCUCGCUUACCUCGUCUUCGGCCACAUGCGACAGGCGGAGGACUUCGCCCGACGACCCAAGCCCGACACCUACGCCCGCUGCUUCGUUGGCAUUGCUCGCACCAGAUCCGUAAAGCACCUUCAACUCGUGCACAACAUGCUCAAACUUGAUGUCGAGGUCGAUCUGACCACACGCGUGCUCAACGGGCUUAUGCUCGCCUACGCCUACUGCGACAUGCCCGAGCAGGCAAUGAAGGUCUUCCGAGACAUACUCCAAUCGGAUGAGGGCCCGUCCCCCAAGACCAUUCGCAUCUUCUUCGAGACUUGUGCCAGACACAACAAUGGCGUCGAUGAGGCCCUUAAGAUGAUGGACAAGGUCAAACUCUUGGGCAUAGAGCGCAGCCGACAAUUGUACAUGACGUAUGUCAAGGCUCUGGCCGCCCACUGUGAGUUCGAUCUUGCUACUGAGGCCUUGGAGAAGAUGGAGACCGAGACUGGCUUCACGCCGACCCGCAACUCCAUCGGCGAAUUUUACAAUACGAUCCCUUAUCAACAUUGGAAAGAUGAGGUGGAGAAGUGGGCUAGAGCCAGAUUUCCCGAGCUGUGGGCACAGCUGGAACAGGUCGAACGCACAGAACAUGAUGAAGGCCAGCAAUUCAGUAUCGAAACGAAAGAGAUUGACGUCGAGACGUGUUAGUCGGAUGUACUUUCUGAAAAUGGCAAGUGUGUGUAUAUAAUGCAUUUCUAGCGGUUUAUUAAGGUUCCGAUGGGUCGGCGUUCGUUGUUUAUAAUAACGUACAUGCAACUGCACCAAAGUGACAUGUCACCACCUGGUGAGAUUCGGGAGAGGAGCGGGGAGUUGCGUCGUCUGACGCGACAAAGAUUCGAAUGUUCCUCAGAGCGUGCUCAUUAUAUGCGAGUACACUUGCGAAGAAAAGACUAGGUGCUCGAAUUGCCAUCCAUGCUACGAGGAGACAAGCGAUGUCAAUCAAGGGAAUCAAGAGCACUAUGUAUGUCGAUGAACAAAUCAUUAUAUUAGGCUAGGCUUGUUGGCUUU